AAUGACCUCGCCUACCAAUCAGAUCUCUGCUCACCCAUUCCCUGGCCGCUGAUUGGAAGAUAUUAACUCUCUAACGGUUAAUAAAGCUCUGCGUUCACACCGGAAGUCAGUCGGUGGACAUACGGACUUUGUGAAUUUAUAGAGAUGGUGGUGAAGGCUGUUUGCGUGCUGAAAGGAACCGGGGAAGUUACCGGGACCGUAUUCUUUGAACAGGAGGGUGACAAUGCUCCAGUGAAGCUGACCGGGGAGAUUUCAGGUCUUGCCCAGGGGGAACAUGGCUUCCAUGUCCAUGCCUUCGGAGACAACACCAACGGUUGCAUGAGUGCAGGACCCCACUUCAACCCCCACAGUAAGACCCACGGAGGACCCAGCGACGAUGUCAGGCACGUAGGGGACCUUGGCAACGUGACUGCAGGAGCUGACAGUGUGGCUAAGAUCAACAUUCAGGAUGAGAUACUGACUCUCACUGGACCCCACUCUAUCAUCGGCAGGACAAUGGUGAUCCAUGAGAAAGCUGAUGACCUGGGGAAAGGAGGCGACGAGGAGAGUCUGAAGACGGGCAACGCUGGUAGUCGCCAGGCCUGUGGUGUUAUUGGAAUUACCCAGUAAACACCCCCCCCCCCUUACUGGGAGAACGGGGAACCACUAGCCACAGCUUGAAGACCACCCCAACCCCAGUGGAAGCUCUGUAACCCUACAUCCACCCUAUCUCCCCCCCUACCUGAACCUGUAAAGGCACCUCAUGGACAUCUGACAGAUGGCUUUCCCAAAAACAAAGAUUCUCUGCGGAUUUAAGGAUUCUUUGUCCAUUGCCCAUGGACUUUAGUGGUGAAGAGAUGUUUUUGGGAAAUUCACCUCUGAAGGUGUGCUGGACUCUGAGGGCUUUAAACUCAGGGACACAGCUAGGAUGUUGAGUACAGAUCUAAUGUGCGCUAGGAGGCUGUGACUAGGGGUUGAUGGGAGAGGGGGGGGGAAGAGAUGUAUAUCUUUAGACUAUUGUCUGUACAUAUUAGUCCUAGCAUUGUUGCUUCUGUCUGUAAUAAGUAUGUGUUUAUUCUUCUACGCUGUCGCAACGUUUAGUAUGGAAGCUGUAAACAUGUGUUAUACAUUAGGUGUGUCUGAAAUGACUUCCUAUGUUGUUCACUACUUUUAGACCAGGGCCUGUAGGGUCAAAGUAGGGAAACUAGAGGGGGGGCCUUCUCAGACACACCCAUGACGUUCAUUGUACCAAGCUGCCCAAUAAAAACCCGUCGGCACUAAA